AAAAUCCAAGCCUGAGAGAGAGAGAGAGAGAGAGAGAGAGAUAUUUUUGUUUCCCUCCGAAACGUGAGUAGGUGGUGUUGAUUUGAAAGCCCACAGAGAAACUGAGUGAGGUAUUGCGUGAUCUUCUUAGCAGCAGGCAGAGCAAAUGGAUUCCACGGUGAAGGUGACAAAGGGAGCCGGAGGAAGGAGAGGCGGGGAAAGAAAGAAGGCCGUCUCAAAGUCUAUCAAAGCCGGGCUCCAGUUUCCAGUCGGUCGGAUUGCUCGGUUCUUGAAAAAGGGACGCUAUGCUCAGCGUACGGGUACCGGUGCUCCGAUAUAUCUCGCCGCUGUUCUUGAAUAUCUCGCCGCUGAGGUGUUGGAGUUGGCUGGGAAUGCGGCACGUGACAACAAGAAGAACAGGAUAAAUCCAAGGCACGUGCUUUUGGCGGUGAGGAACGACGAUGAGUUGGGAAAAUUGCUUCAGGGUGUGACCAUUGCAAGCGGGGGAGUUCUCCCAAAUAUUCACCAAGUUUUGCUUCCCAAGAAGUCCUCCACCGCAUCUGAAUCCGAUAAGGCCUCCCAAGCAAAGAAAUCGCCCAAAAAGGCUUCAUUUAGAAAUAAAUAAUAAUAUUAGAAUAGAAAUUUUAAUAGAAAUCCCUUUUAGUUAUGUAAUUGGGAGUAAAUUCUAUGCUAUAGGGUUUUAGGUUUUGUUUUGUUUUGUUUUGUUCUUUGGAAGCUAUGUGGUGCAUAAAAAUGUAGUUGGUAUAUCAACAGCUCCGUAUGUUAAAUAUAAAUUCCUUUUGUUUCUUUA